CCUCAAUUUCUGCUUUGCUUCGCUUUUCGUCACCUUCUCACCACCACCGCUUCCCUGAGCCCUGCCCUCCCACUUCUCGCACAUCGCAAGGUUUUGGCAGGCCAUCUGUUGCGUUUGCGAAUACGAUAAGGACGGAAGGACAGAUUUGAGCUUAGGGCGACUCCUUUUGGCCAAGGAAUAACCGAGGAAAAGAUGGCGGCGCAUGUGACCUUCGACACCAUCUACCAUGGACUCGACACCACGCCGGGCAAGCUUCGCCUGCAAGAAGGAGGUCUGGGGUGGAAGGCCACUGCCUCGCAAGAUGGAUCUUCGGGCGCAACCUUCACCCUCGAGGCUGACAAGAUGGCAACCUUCCAGUGGAUGAGGGUGGCAAGGGGAUACCAACUGAGGAUCCAACUGAAGGGCAGCGAGUCUCGCCGGGAGACCUUCGAUGGCUUCCACAGGGACGACCUCGACAGGCUGUCCGACGUGCUCAACAAGUACUUCAGCAAGAGGCUCGACCAGGUCGAGGUCUCCUCGCGUGGUUGGAACUGGGGCAAAACUGAGAUCGAAGACAAUGACGUGCGAUUCCUCGUUCGGGGCAAACUCGCAUUUGAGCUGCCCGUCAAGCACAUUGCCAACACCAACAUUGCCAGUAAGACCGAGGUAGGCAUGGAGUUCAUCAACCCCGAGCAGCAACAGCCGGUUGCCAACACGGGCUCGGCAGCCAAUGGAGGCGCUGCAAGCAAAGCGAAAAAGCAAAAGGGCGACCAGCUUGUCGAGAUGAGAUUCCACAUUCCGGGUACGGUCGAGAAGGGCUCAGACAAUGACGACGAUGAUGAUGAAGAGGAAGAAGAGACGGCCGCAAAUGCAUUCAACGAGGCCAUCAAGGCCAAAGCCGACAUCGGACAGGUCGCUGGCGACGGCAUCAUCGUCUUCAAGGAGGUCCUCGUCCUUACGCCCCGUGGCCGCUUCGACAUCGACAUGUACCCUGGCUUUUUGCGGCUUCGUGGCAAGACGUACGACUACAAGGUCCUCUACUCGAGCAUCACAAGACUGUUUCUGCUCCCUCGCCCGGACGACGUUCAUGUCUCCUUUGUCGUUGGCCUCGACCCUCCGAUCCGACAGGGCCAGACACGCUACCCAUACCUUGUCAUGCAAUUCGUCCGCGAAGAGGAGAUGGAUGCCGAGCUGAAUCUUGACGACGAGACGAUUCAGGAAAAGUACGAGGGAAAGCUCAAGAGGAGGUACGAAGAGCCGACGUUCAAGAUUGUGACAACGCUUUUCCGAGUCCUCUCUGGCCAGAGGCUUGUCGCGCCAGGCGAGGACUCGUUCGAGAGCAGUGCAAACGGAUCGCCAUGCCUCAAGUGCAACGUCAAGGCCACCGAUGGCCUGCUCUACCCUCUGGACAAGCAGCUGAUCUGGGUCAGCAAGCAGCCCGUUCACAUUCGCUACGACGACAUCCACCAGGUUGUCUUCUCGCGCGUCGGUGGCGCCGUGGCCAGCAGCAAGACUUUCGACCUUCGCGUCAUUCAGCGCAGUGGGCCCGAGCACACGUUCCAGAGCCUCAGCCGCGAGGAGCACGAUGCGCUGAGCAAGCAUUUCAGCGCGCGCAAGGUUCGUGUCAAGAACGAAAUGGCUGAGGCUGCCGAGGCAAUGGCCGCCGUCGCAGCACUCAGCGAUGACGACGACGAAGACAUGGAUGACGCGAGCGACAGCGGACUCAAGAAGCGGGUCAAGAAGCCUACAAAGGCUUCCAAUGCCAUGGACGAUGACGAUGAUGAUGAGUCGUCCGAAGACGAAGACUUUGAGGCCGAGUCAUCCGACGAUGGCAGCCCCUCGGAAGCAUCGAGCGACGACGACAGCGGCGCAGAGACGGGCAGCGACGACAUGGCUGACGAGCCCAAGAAAAAGAAGAAGAAGACGAGCAAAUAAAAAGACUGCUCCUCUCUCUCUCCAUGUACACUACCCUACCACUGCAUCACUUGAUCCCACCAGUUUCUCAAACAAAGAAGGCUCUUGCUCGACUGUAAUCUGGCCCCGAGUGCGCGAGAGAAAGCACCUGCUUCUCUUUC